ACGUCACUCGCCACCAGGUUUGCGCAAGAGGCCUUUGGGAAACAGUACAAACAGACCAUUGGCCUGGAUUUCUUUCUGAAGAGAAUAACUCUACCAGGCAACUUGAAUGUUACCCUGCAAGUGUGGGAUAUUGGAGGUCAAACGAUUGGAGGGAAAAUGCUGGAUAAAUAUGUCUAUGGUGCUCAGGGUGUUCUUCUAGUGUACGACAUUACAAACUACCAGAGCUUUAAGAAUCUGGAGGACUGGUACGGCAUGGUCAAGAAGGCCAAUGAAGAGUCUGACGUCCAGCCUGUGGUCUCCCUGGUGGGAAACAAAAUCGACCUUGAGCAUAUGAGGACAGUGAAGGCUGACAAACACCAGCGCUUCUGCCAAGAGAACAGCCUCAUCAGUCAGUUCGUAUCUGCCAAGUCUGGAGACUCGGUGUUUCUGGCAUUUCAGAGAGUGGCUGCAGAGAUUCUGGGGGUGAAGCUCAAUAAAGCGGAGAUGGAGCAGUCCCAGCGUGUGGUGAAGGCAGAUAUCGUGAACUACAGUCAAGAGCCUGUGGCGAGGACAGUCAACCCCCCGCGCAGCUCCAUUUGUGUGGUGCAGUGACCCCCUCUCCCCCCACCUUCCCUCUUGCCCCUCCACAAACUGAAUACAGCAGUGAGGGCCUCUGACCAGCAGGCUGCCCCAACACACUGGCCCAUAGCCAGAGCAGGAGAAUUGAGCUGGCCUGGUUCUUUCUGCUGUACACACACACACCGAUUCCUCCCUUCUCUCUCUCAACGCACAAGUCUUCAGAAAGGCUGUAAAUCAGUAUUUCCUUUUUUUAAGGUUUUCAGGGUCAUCGGACCAAGUACUGCAUAUUUUAAGAUUUAUAUAUGAGAAUCUCUCUGUAUGUACAGUAUGUAUAUUUACAGCGACCCCACAGUAUAUUCCACAGUAUAUUCCUGGUUUCAGUAUUUAAUAUCUUUUCAUGAAUUAUUUUUUGAGUAGUAACCAGCUUUGGCUAUAGCAGACACCUGUUGAAAGUUAUGCUGAAAGGAAAUGGGACCUCCACUUUUUUAGCAGUUUAAACACAUUUGUCAAUAUUUAUUUUAUUUUUGAGAAACUGUUACUAUUUUGACAUAUUUUUUCUACUAUCUUCAUUGUCAAUUAUUCUUUAAAUGACCAUUUGAUUGUAUAUAGAUAUGAACAGUUGGUUUCUAUAACAGAAAAAUAUACAUAAACCACUGUUUUCCAAAAUGUAUUUUUAAUGAUAGAAUGGGUUUUCCCUCUGCUGUUGUGUAUACAGAUGCAAUAUCUUAAUUUGAUCAUCCUGUUGUUGCAGGAACUUUCCUGUAAACUUGUAGUGUAUUUGACAUUUAAAAAGGCUUCUAAAGCUAGUAUUUUCCACUUUCAGACUUAAUUUGCCAUAACGGAAAAUGUAUCAACCCCUACAAAAAAUGUCCAUUAAUUAUAAUCGCAUAACAAUGAACAAUUCCUGUUGCUGCAGGAUUAUUUUCCUGCUGUGUGAAACUGGCUCAAAUUAAGAUCCGAUAUCUGUAUGCUAAAUAUCAGGAUUAGUUUUAUCGCUCUAAGUGGUACAGUCCACACCUCCCACUACCCCCUCUCCCACAGCUCCCAGUGCUGAAACAGGAGUGGUGGGAUGAGCUUGGGUAGGUCGGUGGGGCAAGGAGCUAUUUGGGGGCAGAGAGUGGUGAAGAAAGAAGGGGCUGCUUCAUUGGUAUACAGAUGUACUAGUAAGCAAUCAGGCCCUAUGGGGUGUGGUAUAUGGCCAAUAUACCAGGCUAAGUUCUGUUCUUAUGCACAAUUCAACUCUGAGUUUCUGGCUACAGCCCUUAGCUGUGGUAUAUUGGCCAUAUACCACAAACCCAGAGGUUCCUUAUUGCUUUUAUAAACUGGUUACCAACGUAAGUAGAACAGUAAAAACAAACGUUUUGUCAUACCUGUGGUAUAUGGUCUGAUACACCACAUCUUUCAGCCAAUUAGCUUUCAGAGUUCAAACCACCCGGUUUAUAUUGUCUGUUAAACAACGGGUGAGUCUAAUCCUGAAUACUGAUUGGUUAAAACCGCAUUCCAGCCGGUGUCUAUUCCACAAGUUACCACCGGCUAAAUCUAUGACAUUAACAUGCCUAUAUACUCUGUUCCAUCUGACUGCGCAAUCCACUGUCUCAUCAGCCCAGCCAAGCAAUUUAUAAACUUGAUCUCCACUAUAAAAAGCAUCUAGACAUCAUCUAAUUUCUUUUCGACUAACAUUUCAUUUUCAACAGCAGAGAUUUGUAUACUGUAAACCUUGCUAUCUUUCUCUCCGACAUUUGCAACAUUGUUUCAAUAUCAAAUUCAAUCUCCAGCUGUCCCAUAAUAGUGAAUGUGUCGAGAGGAGACAGGCAGGCAGCGUUUCUUAGCCAGUCAAAGUCAUGAAUCAGCUGGCAUCCUUUUUAUGGAUAUGUACAAAUAAAUGUAAAUUUAAAACAGUUCAAACGAAACAAAGUGCAGCUAGUUUGCGGUCUUUCCAGCUUCAGUUCGAAGUGAUUGUGUUGCUGUGUUGUUGGCUAGCUCCUCUGAACAACAGUGUCCUGACGAGUGAGCACAUUUUCUAUGGCAGGCGAAAUCGCGCCUCAUUAGCUCAUUGUUAUUGAUGUAUCCAAAUAAAUGUCACUAGAAAACUGCUUAUGCAAUUGCAGCUACUUUACUGUCAUUCUGACUGUAAGUUAGUCAUCAUUGGCUAGCUAGCAAGCAAGGGAUAAGAACAUUGCCAGGCAGUAUGGCAAUUGAACAUUUAGAAACUAACGACUGGGUCGCGCCAAUAGAUACAGAACAAAAACACUGAAGACUGGGUCGCGUCUCUGGCAACUGAACCAAUAGAACGAACAACCAGCCGGCUUGGGUAGCAACCCUAGAUUUGUGUCGGGGCUAUAUCCUGUGGAAGGAUGAAAUAGUAUGAAUACAUUUCUGAAAAUAACGUUUUUAAUGAAAAUAUGUAAAUCAUUAUUUGAACAUGUUGGUAACCCGUUGUAUAGACGCGAUAAUUCCCUCGAAGCCGGUGUUUGGAGGAUAUAUUGACUUUGUCUCGGGCUUAGCAACACCCGUGUCAAUAUAUCCUCCAAACACCGGCUUCGAGGGCAUAUACCACGGCUUUCAGCCAAUCAGCAUCCAGGAGCCGAACUACCCGGUUUAUAAUCUUAAUUUGAUCACUCUUUGGUUGAUGAGAAUUUUUCUGCGCGCAGGAUGAGCAGAUGAGCUUUGUGAUUUACAUAAAUUCACUGAAAACCCACACCAACACACAGUUAUAUUAGCAGUGUUGCAUUUUUCAUGUAGCCUAAUUUUGCCCAACCACCGAUCAAGCAACAUUAUGGACUAAACUUUCAAAUCCUGUUGCUGCAGGAUUAUUUUGCUACGACAAUACUGUUCAAAGUAAGAUCCAACAUCUGUAAAAACGAUGUGCUGAAUGUAAAAUGAACCGCUGGCUUUAUUUAGAGUGUGCUCAAGGAAUAUGUCACUAUAAAAUAUAGCUUCUGCAUUCUUAGUGCUCCACAGUGCCCUUCUAAAAGGAAAGGUUUAGAUGUUUAGGCACUGUAAAUGGAAUCUAGUUUUAUUUCACUUGCCAAUUAGCAGCUUCCUUGAACAACUGUGAUUUCCCAUUACUUUCAAGACCUAAUAAUAACAUUAAUAACAGGUGUUAGUUAGAAAAAAGAAACUUUUGAUUUAACCUGAUCAAUUAGGAAUUUCAGUUUUUCUGCCACUCUACAUUUGUGAAAUUGACCAAUUACCCAAAAAGUAUCUAUUUCCCUGAUUUAUAUUUUUGUGUUGAUUGCAUCUUUAAUUGAAGCAUCAUUCAGUUUCAUGCGAUGCAUAUCAAGACCGUAUUUUGCGGGAAAGCCUAUGUAGUCCUAGUUGAAAUAUAUUUGGCAUAGAACAAUUCUGUUGCUGUUUUUAACCUUGACAAUGGAUAAAAAUAUGAAAUUUAAAUAUGAACUGGAGCAGCUUAAAGGUAUGACAAUUCAUCUUAGCUGUAUGUUUAUAGCCUUAUUCAACUGUCUGUUGUAGAACAGAAAAGACUGCAAUGAAGAACUGCUUUGAUACAUGAAAUGUCUUCAUAGGAUCUUCAUCUUGUCCAAGCAAGCUGAAUAAUAGCCAACUUACACUCUUAUAUAAAAAGGUUAUAUCUAUAACCUAAAAGGGUUCUUUGUCUGUUCCCAUGGGAGAACCAUUUCAAUAAAUAUGUUGUGUUCCAUGUAGAACCCUUUCCACGGUUACCCCAUGGGGACAGCCAAACCGUUUUUUGGAACCCUUUUUUCUAAGAGUGUAUACAUACAUAAAUUAUAGGCAUGUGUUGUUUUGUACUCGUCCCUGCUUUGUCUUGUAGUUUGUAUUUGUCAAAAUGUUUUCUUCAACCAAUAUGUUGUACUUGCACACAGAGGAUGUCAACAUUGUAUUUGUAGUACACCAGAAAAUACAUGACAAGACAUGGUGGCAUGGUUGGAUUUUACUCUGUAAACCAUGGUGUUCGCCUUGUGUAAAUUAUAUAUUUGUAAAUUAUCUGCAUUGUUUUGUGGAAGAUCUUAUUUAUAAAAUGCUGCUCACAUUUCAGUGAGAUGUCAAGAACUCCUCUCGUUGGAUGUAAUUGCCUCUGUGUCAUAAACACAAAAUCAAGAAGUUAAGUAUGAAAAAGAAUGGUAUAUCCUCUGUACACUUAGAAAAUGGUUGUUUUAAUGAACAUUCAAAAGUGGUAUAGAUCUUGUGUUUGUAUAUGAACAAUAAAAAUGCUAUAAAGUGCAA